AGAUGUAAGCAAUAGUUUAAGUAACACUGUAGAACCAGAAGUACUUAAUUUUUCACCUCAGUAAAAAGCCGGUCACGCAGAGCUCGAGGUGUUAUUAAACGCACCGGUGGUGAACUCCAUCAUCACCUCCCCUUCCUCGUUUCUCUAUUGAUCCCUACCUCUCCUCGUUUUAUUUCACAUUUUCGCCGUUCUUUUCAAAUUCUCCGAACGUAUCCGAAUUCGCGCGCUCGAGAACCCCAAUUGAUCCUAAGGGGAAAUUGUUCCUCAUCGAUUCGUCGGAGAUUGGAUCCGCUGAUCUCUUCGAUUCGAUCUCGGGAUCCUCUUUUCGACGAGCUCCGUUUCGAUCGAAUCCGUGCUUUCUAGCUUAGGUUGUUGGAUGACGCCGGGAGUUACCGAAUGGAGAGAAGAUCGGAAAUGGCAGCAGCGGGGAUGAAUUCUGAUGGUUCUGUAGAUCUGGCAGCCGCGGCGGGACCUCCGAAGAAGGAUCGGCAUAUUGUCAGCUGGACUCCAAAGGAGGAUGACCUGCUCCGAGAGCAAGUUGCUCUUCAUGGAACCGAGAAUUGGACGAGAAUUGCAGCACAAUUCAAGGACAAGACCGGCAGACAGUGCCGAAGAAGGUGGAAUACGUACUUGAAUGCAGAGUGCAAGAAAGGUGGAUGGUCGCCCGAAGAGGACAGGCUUUUGUGUGAGGCCCAGAAGGUUUAUGGGAACAGAUGGACCGAGAUUGCAAAGGUAGUCUCUGGGAGAACAGAUAAUGCAGUGAAGAACCGAUUCUCUACCCUCUGCAAGAAAAGAGCAAAGCACGAGGCUUUGUCCAAGGAAAAUAACGGUUCAUGCCUAAACCCAAAUAAUAAGAGGGUCAUAAUUCAAAAUGGACGUAUCACAGCUGAGACAAGGGAGUUAUCAUUACCCAUUAAGCAGAUGAGGUACAAUAUUUCAGAUCUUAAAGAAAAUAAAAUAAGUGAAGAAUAUCUUAGGAAACAUGGAAUGAACAAAGAUCAACUAAGGCCUCCUCUGGCAGUGCUUUCUCAAAACUGUAAGAUUGCAGGUGAGUUGCUGACUCAUGUUGGUAAUGACUUGAGGACAGCAGUACAUAAUGACAACAGGAGUAGAGGUGCCUUUCUUAAAAAGGAUGAUCCAAAAUUAACUGCGUUGCUUCAGCAAGCCGAGCUGCUUAGUUCCCUUGCACAAAAAGUUAAUGCAGAAAACACCAAGGAGAGCCUUGAGGAUGCCUGGAAGGAAAUCCAAGACUACAUUGCCCAAACAGAUGAGAGUGGAAUACUGAGCAGGAAAAUUUCUGGAACAGAUUUUGUACUUGAUGAUUUCAGGGACCUGAUAGAGGAACUAAUGAGCACUGAUUCAAUAGGUCAGCAAUCUUUGAGGCAAUCUGAUUUGCAUGAAAAUAGUCAAGGAAGCUCUGAAUACAGCACAGGGUCAUCCAGCCGCUUUAAUAAUCAGGGAAAUGAAAAGGAUCAUCAGACUGAUGAUCGUCCAUUUAACAACAACACUGAGGUCAGUGGUCCUCAUGAAGAUGCAGAUUGUUUUGGUAUAGCUGCUUGUCAAGAGGAAAUCAUGCCUCCUACUACAAAGCCAAAGGAGAAUGAUGAAAACAGUUGUAAUAUUUCAAAUUCAGAGUUUGCUUCACCUCUUCUGACAACCCCGCCUUUCCAAUCAUUAGCAGAUGGGAUUCUAACCCCAAAAUUUACAGCAAGUGAGAAGCGUUUCUUGCUGAGUGUAAUUGGCCUGCCAUCACCAGUCCCCAGCCCCAAAUCAUCUCAACCACCGGCCUGCAAAAAGGCUCUUCUUGAUAGCCUAUGAACAAUCAGUAAAAAUUCUAAAAUGUCAUUUUACAUCUUUCCCAGCAUUUUCUUAUUUUAGAAGAGGCAUCCUCUGUCCCAAUAUUGUGGUAAUCUAUUUGUGGGUUUUCUUGGCUGCUUUUUUUUCAUGAGCCUGAGACCUUCUGCUUGCUUUUCAUCAAAAGUUGUUCUUAGGCGUGUGAGUAUGUUGCCCAGUGCUUUCAAAUGUUCCUUGGCCUUCUAUUGUAUUAGUCUUGUUUGUUUGCAUUCCCGUUUAGUCCUGAUCUUAGCAUUUGUACUCUCCCAUUCUUUGUUCUUCUUAUAGGGUUGUUGUGCUCCAGCCCCCCUCAGGCAGUUUGGUUUGUCAUUGGUUGUAGAUAAACUACAUUAUAGAAUUAUCAUGUAGUAAUUAUGUAAGCUUUGUUCAUUAAAAAGUCGAUGAAGGACCAGCCAGUUGAAGCGGAUGUCCUCAUUAGUUUGAUCUAAUGCACAAGAUGUGGAAUAAGGAAGCUCUCUUGGUUGUGUAAUGUGUUUAACUAUUCCUUGAAUCUCUUUGCCUGGAGAAUUGCUUAUUUUGUUUUGUACUAUAUGACUCCCUCUUCUCCCUGUUGUAGUUGAGUCUUUCAGUUUCUCAGGCAUUUGUAAUACUAUAAUUAGAAAUGAGAAUGUGUAAUAGAUAUUGGUGUGUUGGAAAUUAUUGUUUUCAUUUG